AUGAAGGUUGACAGAUUACUUAAUCCAAAUAUUGAUGCUGAGGCAAACGUUGAUUUCGAUAGUUUACCCACGACGGUGAAUCCAAAAUUGAACCAAGCAGUUCGCAGCAAGCUUCAAACUAAUGCCAAGUAUGCUGUCGGUGAUACUGAAUACCAAAGUCUGUUCGCGCAAUAUAAGAAGAAAUGCCUCAGCGAUCUUUCACAACUGGACGCCAUUUAUCUCGAGCCAAAUUUCUACAAGCUUAUAGCUCUUGAAAACAUUCUGUUCUUGAAGCCUGGCUUCUACUCCACUGACAUGUUGCGCCUUUUUGGAGAAGCAAACCUGAACAAACUCUACAAACAUUUGUUGAAAACUCAUUUCUCUUUCGACACAACUAAACACACAGACCUGCUUAAUCUCAUCGAUGAUAUAUUUGAAAAGGCUUUUUUCGAUUACCAUGAAACCCAGUGGUUGAAAUACUUCCUCAACGACAUCAAUGACACAUUCCGCCUUCGCUACCCAGAGUCGAAUCCCAACGAGAGGAAGCUCGUAAAGAAGGAAGUAUUGCGCCCAGAUUGUCUCGUAACCAAUAUCCCUCAGUCUCAGUAUCGUGAAAAUAUCGCCUAUGGUGAGGUGAAAUCGUCUUACUACACAAAUAGCACUCGGGCUCUCAUUCUGGAUGUGUAG